GGGAAAGAGAGAGAGGCAAGAGAAGAGGAGAAGAACGGAUGCAAGGCGAGGCCAGGAGCAGGAAACCUUAUCUCUCUCUCUGCUCGUCGAGCUGCCUCCGUUUUUUUUUAAACCUCAGCAUCAUUUUAUAACACGAUCCCUGCCUUCUCUUUCUUUUCUCUUUUUUAUUUUUGUAUUUUUAAAGCUGCCUUUGCGUCCUGAUGUGCUGCUGCGCCUCAUCACGAUUCCUCAAGGAUAUGCAAAGCGGCUUUUAUCACGUCGACGGUAUUUGACGUGAAAUGCAAGGAUGUAAUUGAGCGACGUCGGAGACGCAUCUGAUCAGCGAUGACAAGCGGACUGUAGGGAUCGACGGCAGCGUUACAGGCAGAGGAGAGUCUGUGCGUAAAAUCUGCGUCUAAUUAUUGUUUUCGCCCAGCGAUCGCGCUAUUUCCCCCCUCUCCUGCCCUCCCUCCAUCCAUCCGUCCAUCGGGAGCUUUAGAAGGCCGAUCGCCCCGCAUCCUCUCUGGGCAUGAGAACCCGUGGGAAUUAUGAUACCAACGUGACGCGCGGUCACACAGCACUCAGCGGGGAAGACGACGCGCCUCGGCAGGGCGGAGGGAGGGUGUGAGGUCCAGCAGAGCGGAGCCCCGCACCGUGCGCCCAUCACAGGAGGAGAAGGAGGACGCCCAGUCGUUGUUGGACACAUCGCGCUAAUGAAUGCUCUAUAGCCCAGCAGGCUUUCCUAAAACGGCCGGUGGUGUGACGUGCUAACUUUUCCUGGCCGGCAUGGCUGCGUCACUAUGGUUCCUGGGGGUGUGUGCGCUCAGCCUGGCUCACGUCGCCCCCUCCAGCCAAGCUAUGUCCCGGGCUGCGAUGCCGUUUGGGCUGCUGCGCAGGGAGCUGGCAUGCGAGGGUUACCCCAUAGAGCUCCGCUGCCCUGGAAGUGACGUGGUGAUGGUGGAAACUGCCAACUAUGGACGCACCGACGACAAGAUCUGUGACGCAGACCCCUUCCAAAUGGAGAACACACAGUGCUACCUCCCCGAUGCAUUAAAGAUUAUGGCCCAGAGGUGUAACAACAGGACUCAGUGUGUCGUGGUCGCAGGGGUCGACGUGUUCCCAGACCCUUGCCCUGGAACAUACAAGUACCUGGAGAUCCAGUAUGAGUGUGUCCCUUACAUUUUCGUGUGUCCGGGCUCGCUGCUCAGCAUCCAGCCGGCCUCCUCCCUCCUGGAGGCAGAGCAUCAGUCUGGUGCGUGGUGCAAGGACCCGCUGCAGGCCGGUGACAGGCUAUACGUCAUGCCCUGGACGCCAUAUAGGACAGAGGUGCUGUAUGAGUACGCCUCCUGGGACGACUACCGCCAAAACAGAAUCACCACCACCUACAAGUUGCCUAGCCGUGUGGACGGUACAGGCUUUGUGGUUUAUGAUGGCGCUGUGUUUUACAACAAAGAGCGAACGCGCAAUCUGGUCAAGUAUGACCUGCGGACCCGCAUCAAAAGUGGCGAGGCAGUGGUGGUUAAUGCCAACUACCAUGACACCUCACCUUACCGCUGGGGAGGGAAGUCAGACAUCGAUCUGGCGGUGGACGAGAACGGCCUGUGGGUGAUCUACUCUACUGAAGCCAAUAAUGGACGCAUCGUGGUCAGCCAGGUGAAUCCUUACACCCUGCGGUUUGAGGGUACAUGGGCGACCGGCUUUGACAAACGCGGGGCGAGCAACGCCUUCAUGGCCUGUGGCGUGCUCUAUGCCGUACGCUCCGUCUUCCAGGACGAUGAGGGGCAGGCAGAGGGCCGGGCGGGCAGCGACAUGGUGAUUUACGCCUACGACACCAGCCGUGGACAAGAGCUGCCCGUUCAGAUACCGUUCCCCAACCCUUAUCAGUACAUCUCCUCCAUAGACUACAACCCCAGAGACAACCAGCUGUACGUGUGGAACAACUAUUAUGUACUGAGAUACCCGCUACAGUUCACUCCGCCACCGCCCACUAAAGGUCCCCUCUCCUCUCUGAUGACCACCGUACGCUCCUACACGGCUACUGUUGCUCUGACUCCAGUGCGACCGUCGGCCUCCCACCCAAUUGGCGUCAUCAAUCGAGGGCCCUUUGACCAGCGGCCCAUCACAGCCAUGGUCCCUCUGACCCCACGCCCUCCACUGCGUAUCCCCUUGGCUCCUGGGGGCCCCGGCCAGGUGGGCGGAUGUGAGGGCCGGGUGGCACGAGGGGUGCAGUGGCCCCCUACCCUGAAGGGAGAUACCGUGGAGAGGCCGUGCCCUAAAGGUUCACUUGGUAUAGCCUCCUAUCAGUGCGUGUCAUCCCCAGUGGGCUGGAGCUCCAGAGGGCCUGACCUUUCCAACUGUACCUCUCCCUGGGUCAGCCAAAUUGCACAGAAGAUUAAGAGCGGAGAGAAUGCAGCCAACAUCGCUGGGGAGUUGGUCAACCUAACCAGGGGGCGGAUCUAUGCCGGUGAUGUCAGCAUGUCCGUCAGGCUAAUUGAACAGUUAUUGGACAUCCUGGACUCCCAGCUUCAGGCCCUGAGACCAGCCAAUAAGGAGUCUGCAGCGCGCAAUUACAACAAGCUGCAGAAGAGGGAACGCACCUGCAGAGCUUAUGUUCAGGCUGUCGUUCAGACAGUUGAUAACCUGUUGGGUCCCGAGGCGCUCGUGUCCUGGGCUGACAUGAGCGGUGUAGACCAAUCACGCUCCGCAUCACUGCUGUUAGACGCAGUCGAGAAAGGAGCGUUUCUAUUGGCCAACAACCUCUACGAAGGCCGUUUCAGUGACAGAGCACCAAAUGUUGAUCUGGAGGUGUAUGUGCUAAACACAGAGGCGGACAUUCAGGACCUGACGUUCCCUCACUCCUACGACAGCGACAGCAUCUUGCAGAUAUCAGCUCUGGCGCUGCAGCAGUACAGCAACAAUGGCCAGGUGAAGCUGGUCCUCUCUCUCUAUAAGAACCUUGGCACGUUCCUGACAACCCAGAAUUCCACUCUGCGACUCGGCCUGGGGCUUGGCCAGGGCUCAGAGGUCAGGCGGAAGAGCCUGGUGGUCAACUCCCAUGUGAUCUCUGCCUCUGUGCACAGAGGAUCCAACAGAGUGUACCUCUCUGAGCCGGUGAUCUUCACCCUCAGGCACCUGCAGCUGGAGAACCACUUUGGCCCCAACUGCUCCUUCUGGAAUGCAACAGGGUUUUCUGGGAGCGGCAGGUGGGCGACGCAGGGCUGCCGCCUGCUGCACACCAACAACACACACACUACCUGCGCCUGCAACCACCUGUCCAGCUAUGCUGUCCUCAUGACUUAUCAGCAACCUGCUUUCGGGGCCGGCGUAGAAGAGCUUCUGGUCUAUGUGGUGUCUUGGGUUGGCAUCUCUGUAGCACUGGUGUGUUUGGCCACCUGCCUUACAACCCUGUGCUGCCAGGGGGCGCCCUGGCACACAGACCACAGCACCAUCCACUGCAACUUGUGGGCCAACCUGCUCAUCACUGAACUGCUCUUCCUUGUUGGCGCCAACAAGACACAGUACACAGUGGUGUGCUCCAUCAUUGCUGGCUUGCUGCACUUCUCGCUGCUCUCAGUGUUCUGCUGGUUGUGUCUGGAGGGCGUAGAGCUCUACCUGCUGCAGCGGGAGGUAUUUGAGGGUCGCAACUCCAGGAGGAAGUAUUUCUACCUGUGUGGUUAUUCCAUUCCUGGGCUGGUGGUGGCCGUGUCUGCAGCCAUAGACUUCAGAGGCUACGGCUCAAAGACGGCAUGUUGGCUACGAACAGACAACUACUUCAUCUGGAGUUUCCUUGGACCUGGUGCUGUCAUCAUCAUGUUGAACCUUGUUAUCUUGGUGAUGACCUUACAUAAGAUGCACAGCACUGCAGCUUUGAAGCCAGACUCCAGUCGCCAUGACAACCUGAGGGCGUGGGCAGUGGGCUCCCUGACGCUGCUCUUCCUGCAGAGCGUCACCUGGUCCUCAGGCCUGAUGUUCCUGUCUGCUCCAUCUCUCUUCCUGGCUUAUCUCUUCUCCUCCCUCAACACCGCCCAGGGCCUCCUCAUCACCAUAUUGCACUGCAGCCUCGCCAGGAAGGGCCAGAAGGACUAUGGCCGAUGCCUGCGUCUCUCGCAGUGCUGCGCAACAUCCUCUUCCAGUUCUCCGGACUCGGUGAAGGGUUCUGCCCUCCGGUCCAACAGCCGCUACACGAGCAGCCAGAGUCGGAGAGCCACUGCAAACAGACAGAGUCGCAUCAGGAGGAUGUGGAACGACACCGUUCGCCGGCAGACCGAAUCGUCUUUCAUCGCUGCAGAUGUGAACAACACUCCCACCCUCAACCGAGCUGCUUUGGGAAACCACUUCCUCACUAAUCCAGUGCUGCAGACUCAUGCUGGAGCCUCUCCCUAUGACACAAUGCUGGCCCAGGGAUACAAUCAACCUUUCACCUCGACAGUAGGAACCUUCAGAAACAAGCAGAAGGGUGUCGUGUCCCAAAGUCAGGAGUCCUGUGGGUUGGACAGUGUGUGCCUCAACGGCGGCUACACCCCCAACACCUUCACCCUGCACGGUCUGGGGACGACUCCUGGGUCCCGAGCUGGAGUGGUGGGCAGCACUGACCUCCUGAGGGAGGGAGGAGUAGGUAUCGGAGGGGAUGACAUCUCACCAGCCCUACUCACCCCCCACGGGGCCACAGAUCUGGGCGGCAGUGCUGGAAUGCGCCGGAACCUGUCUGACGCUGCUGCACUGGAGAAGAUGAUCAUCUCAGAGCUGGUGCAGAGCAACCUGAGGCCCUCGGUCCCCAUGCCGGUUCCUCCCGAGCGCUACGGCAGCCUGGCGAGGCCUCAUCACCACGAUAGGGCAGCCCUGAUGCACACGGCCACACUGACUCGACAUCCACAGCCUCACCAGGAGGGCUGGGCUGCCACCAUGCAGCCAAACACACACCACAAUGCACAAGAUGGCUGGGCGCAUACAAGGCACCACACACAAGAUGGCGAGACACAUUCUACAGCACGCGGGCAGGAUCAUGCCACAGCGCCACGCUUACAAGAUGGCUGGUCGCAUGCAUAUACUUCUGUAGAUUUGGAGUCCCGUGAGCUGCUUAAAGACGGGGACAGGUUGCAGCUGCAAGGCACUCUGGGUUGCCGCGGGCUCCAAGACAGGCAGCAAGCACGUCCCCCUGAUGUUCAGGCUCGGCCUUACUCCACACUCAGCCGCACCCCUGGUACCCUGUCCCGCCACCGUGGCCCGGUGGAGUCGAGUGGAGGGAUGGACAGAGAGAGAGAAAGGGACAGAGACUGGGAUCGAUACAGGGAUAGGCCCCUUCCGCCUCCUCCCCCCCCUCCCCCACAGGAGUCUGAGCCCCUGUAUAAGGCUCUGGAAGAGCCGCUGCUGUUGAAACAGAGGGAGGCAGGUGUGGAUGCGUGGCGAGGCCAGAACAAGGACGAGACAUUUCACUUAAAAAGGGACGGAUUGAUUGAGGAAUGGAGGGGAGGAGCUGAGCGAGGAAGGGAUGAUUGUUUUACCACUCAAAAGAGAGACGAAGAUAUUGAUGAAUGGAGAGAUGGAAUGGAAAGAGGGAGGGAUGAACCUCAUUUGUUGGAGAAGCGAGAUGGAAGAUUGGAGGUGUGGCGAGGAGGAGCAGAGGCGGAGCAGGAAGAGACUUUCAUAACCCAAAAGAAAGAAUUCGGGAUUGAGGCAUGGAGAGGUGGGAUGGAGAGAGAGAAGGAAGAAACCUUGUUUUUAAAAGACAGAGACGGAUGGAGGGCAGGGGUUGAACGAGAGAGUGAGAAACAGAAGGAUAGAGCCCUGGACGUGUGGAGAGGAGGGAUCGAUAUAGACAGGGAGGAAUCCUUCCUGUUUGAGAGCAAAGAUGGCGGUUUAGACGGGAGGAAACGAGGGAAAGAAAGAGGGUCUCUACGUUAUCAUGGCGAGCGGGAGGAUUCAGAGAGCUUUGCUCUGCCUUUGACCCCUGAUCUUGACCUUGAUACUGACUCCUCACCAAUCUACGCCAGAGAUUCCAAUCCUUCCCCGCUCUACCCGGGGGACCGAAGCUCGCCGCCAAUCAGCAUCUUCCCCCGAAGCUCUCCGCCAACAAAUAUAUUCGCUCAACGAGACAACAACUCACCUCCCAACAACAUCUACUCCCGACACUCCCCCCAGGUGUACAGCCGAAGCAGCUCCCCUCCUCGCUUCUACACCCGCACCUCCCCUCCGACGCUCUCGUACCCCGACAGCAGUCCUGAAGGUCCGGAGGAUGUCAGCCCUGCUGGCCAGUCCCAGCGGCCCGCCCUGGAAUUGCCCUACAGCCUGGGGAGGCCCCCACUGGGGCCGCGGCCCAAUCACCUGCAGACCUUCUACCAGCCGCCACCGCUGCCAUCCAAUGGAGACGCAGCGUACACGGCAGAGCCCAACUCUGAGGGAGAAGACGGACAGAUGCAGCGGGUGACGAGCCUGUGACUAGGGCGGUGGUGAUCGGGGCAUAGAAACCAAGGAGGAGAAGGAAGAAGGCGCUAAUAACAACAACAAAUCAUGAUUAAGAUGAUCAAACUGAUGGAAAUGAUGAUGCGUAUGAUGAUGAAGAGGAUACCAAAAAGGCAUGAAGAAGGUACCGACGAUGAUAAUGACAACGAUGGCUCCUCCCUGCUUCUAUCUUCCGAUUACCACGAGAUUCCCCCCUAUCCAUGUUUUGUUACUUUUCUAUGACUGUGAUCCAUUUCUAACUCUUCCUCCUCCUCUUCCUCUCCCUCUCCUCUCCUUCCUGAAACCCUGCUGUGUCUUCCUGCCUCAUCAGUGCUUAUCCUUAUUGGCCCAUAGUCUAAGUUUCUAUCGAUUCAUCGGCUGGGUGUCGCCCCCUCCCUGUAGCAAGCAAACAGUGUGUCAAAGAAGCACUUGUGUGUUGCCAAAAAAUCCUUUCAAAGAACAUGUGCAUGACUUUAUAGUGGCUUUACGAGGCUACAUACCGUAGGAGGAAAGUGCUGAAGUGCGUGUGUGAGCAUAUGUACAAGUGUGUGUGUGUGUCUUGCUUGUUGAGCAUGCGUGUGUGAAAGGGCGCGCGUGGGUGUAUGAGCGUGUGUGUAUAUAUACAUCAUUCUUGUAUAAUUAAUGUAUCACAGUGAAACAUUUUAUCAAUAUCGACUGGGGGACUUCUUACACAAAAAACCCUGCUACUGAGUUUGAACUCUUGACCAAUCCCAUUUCACAACUACACCAAAAUCUCCGCCCCCCCAACACCUCCUCCUCCAACGUCCACCUGCCAGGUGAUGGGACUUGUUGCUGUGGAGUUUGUCAUAGCAACAGAACUCUUGACUCCAGAGCCAGAGAUCAUAUCAAAACCUCAGAACUUUUCUGCAACCCCUGAGAUCCUUGUACAUAUCGACCUCAAGUGUUCUGAUUGUCUUGUAUUGCUAUUGAAGUUCAAGUAAACAUGUGAAAUAAAUGUUUUUGUCUUUCUGUU